GGUCUCGUUUUUCUUUUCUUUUUUUUUUCAUGAAUUUAUGUGGCACUCACGUGCUCGGUCGGCAGGCCGGCCUUUCGCGAAAAUUGUCGACGCGCGCGUACAUGUGUUUGCGGCGCUCGUUAAACCACCGCGGCUGACGCGUCCGCCGUCUAUGCGUAUCGGCUCAUGUGACCGGCAAUUUGUACCGGCGUACAAAUUCGCGGUUUGCACAGGCGGCCACGGGAUACGUCACCGCGAGAUUCCGAAGAGGUAUGUACGCGCGCGAGGGGGAGGCGCGAGCGAGUCGCGAUCACGCGCGCCUUCACCACGCGCGGCGGAGCGCGGGAGGACCCGCCUCGCGCGCGCGCGGGUGCGCGUGAGAGAACGCCGAUCGCGGGGAGCUUAAUUCGAACGGAAACGUUUCGCUAACGAAGCGCCAACCGUCACGGCGCGCGUGACCUCUCUCCUUUCACCUCGCUCGGGUAACAAAUCGCGACGGAGUGUCUUUUUCGCCAAAGGGCAGAGGAGCCCGCCCGUCGUCAAAAGAUCGCGAGAGAGUGGGGGCGGAGGAAGGAGUCUAGCGCGCGUUGGAGGUUUCCACUGAUGCCGUUGCUAGGUUGCGGCGGGCAUCCCAUGUACGGGCGAGACAGAGAGAGAAAGAGAGAGAGAGAGAGGGAGGAGAGCGAGAAACUCGAAACAAAGAAAGAGAGGAAGAAAGAAUGGCAAAGAGAGCGAGAGGGACGGCGCGGCCCUAACCCCGCGCGUUUCGGCAAGCCUCGGCGGCCGGUCGCGGCGGCGAUCGGGCGCGCUCGCGUCCGCCGCGGCGGCGAUUCGGUUCGGCUCGGUACCGUACGGUACGGAACGGCGGCACGGUGUUGUUACGCUACGCGCUCGCUUCGCUUCAGUCCGUUACGGUGCGUCGCGCGGCGCGUACGGUGGGACGCGCGUUUUCCGACCUUCUGGGGGCAGCGCGCGUGCACGCGGGGGGACGCGUCUCUCUUGUGGCGUCGCUGCGGUGGUGCGCGGAGGGCGCGCGCGGGCGUAAAAACGCCGAGACUCUCCCCCUUUAUCAAGCGCGCUUUCUCUCUCUCACUCACUCUCCCUCGCACCCUCGGUCUCGCUCGCGCUCUCUCUCUCUCUCACACUCUCUCCGUCCGGUCCUGCUCGAGCACUCGUCGGAGCACGCGUCCCUGACAUGCGGCCGGCGAGCGUCAGGACGAGCCAUUGUCCGUGCCGUUUGACACUCGGGGCAACGGCCAGCCGCGCAGACGACUCUCCCCGCGGCCACGCCGCGCGACCGAGCUGAACUCACCGGUGCCCGAGCUCACCUGCGGCUCGCGACGCGGGAGGAGGUUGCGGAAUCGGGGGAUCGUCCCUAAGGUCUCGGGGGAAUGGAGCGCGGGGAGCCGGUGCGAAGGGAGUAGGCGCGAGAUCGGCGCCAUGACACGCCCUUGUAUCGUCGAGAUUACCGUCGACUAAGCUGCGCACGUAUCUCUGGCCCCGUAGUACACUUAUUAUUUAUGAAUGGAUGGAGCUGCGACGGGAAUUGGAAGAGGAUCGGAUGCGGACGUGGGAGGUCUGGAAAGAUGGUGGUACAAUCCGGGGAUCGCGGCCUGGAGCUUCGUGCUCUUCGGCUGCUUCCUUCUCAACGCGACUCUCCUGCUCGCGUUUCUCGUCAGGCCGGCACUGCGCACCAUCUCUAACAGAUUCGUGAUGAACCUAACCAUCUCGAAUCUACUGACGUGCGCCGUGCUGAACCCAUUGCUGAUGAUGGACGGCCCGGCGGCGGCAGACACUCUGGCGACGGCCACGUCGACGCCGGAUGACAUCGCGUCGUCGUUUGACCCGAUGUCGACGACGUCGACGUCGACGUCCGCAUCGGCCGCCGGCAAUAUCUGCGCGAUAUCGGAAGGUGCCACCGCGCUCGUCACCACGUCGUCAGUGCUGUCGGUCCUGCUGAUCGCCGUCGACCAGUAUUUCGCUGUGGUAGACCCGCUGCGGUACCGGGCUCGAGUCGACAAGCUCAAGUCGGCCGUGCUGAUCGUCUCCAUCUGGCUGGUCUCGGCGGUGUUCGGCUUGAUCGCUGCGUUGAACCCGAGUCCGCGCAGCCUGUGGCUGUCCUGCAGCACGACGGUGGUGCUGUCGAACAACUCGUCCUACAGCGGGCACGCAUUCGCGCCGAACGUUACCGCGACGGCAGAGGCGUCGAUCGAAUCCGCGUUCGCGUUCUUCGGCAACGGGACCAGCGAGGAGGAGGAGGAGGAGAUCGUCGGCGCCACUUCGACGUUGCUCAAAACGAUCGAGUCGAUCAACGUCGAUAGCGGCAUCGACUUCCUCGAGAACUCUACCGUGAUUUUCCCUACCACGACCAAUGACUCUGUUACUUACGGGCUCAUCUACACGGUCGUACACAGUGUGUUCGCGUAUCUACUUCCGUUCGCCGGCGUUUGUUGGAUCUACGUCAGCAUCUACUCAGCCGCGCAUCGAAAUUCCGAGAGAACUCGCAGGACCGGCUCGCGGCCGAUUCUUUCGUCGGGCAGCUUCAGCGAAGACCCGUACGGUUACGCGAAGCCGCAGCAUCAGUCCGCCGACACGUUCCCAGAAGAGUUUCGCAGAAUACCCAAGAUCUCGAGUCUCUCGUCCAUCGACGAGACCAGCGAGACCGCGCACUCGGCCAAUCAGAUAUCACGUCGGAGAUCUUUCUCAUCGUCCUCGGACGCCGUACAGACAGGGGCGAGCGACGAGAAGACAUCGUCGGGGGUCGUCUUCACGGUAGGACUGCAACCGGUGGAAGUGUCGUCGCCGCGCGAUCAGGACGAUAGCAAUCUGCCGGAGAUGGCGGAUCUGCAGGCGAACUACCUCAAGAAAGAACGCGGUGUUUCGUCCUACGAGAGCCUCGUCGCGAACAAGUUCCGCGACUCGGGAGCGGAUCGGAGACGGAAAUCCUCGUGCGAUCUGACGGACGAGAUCGUGGAAUCCUCCAGAUGGAUCGCCGGGGCGGACUCGAGUGGCUCCGAGUCCGAAGACGAGCGAGAGCGACGCUACGAUUACUUCGACUCUUUGAAAGUUCCUAAAAUAACUCGCAAGAUCGCGGAUCGAAGGUCCUCCAAUUGUCUCCUGUCUUCGGUCGCUAGAUUCGAGAGGACGGAGGAGCUGCGCGGUGACGCGGAAGAUCCCGAUCGGGACUCUUUCAAGACGACGGCUCGUCGCGUCGACGAGGAGGAGAUCUCUGUCGCGGUCAACAUGACGGAACGGGAGCAAAGCGAGGUCCCGAAUUCCAGCGGUAACGCGGAAAACAAAAGAUCGAGACGGCCCAGUCGCCGUUUGUCGAGACCCGGCAUCUUCGACGCCAACGUGGAAUCGUACGCGACUGGCAGAAACGUGGAGAACGUCGGAAAUAAUAGUCUAGAGCCCUCGUCUUGCCUACUGACACCUAUCGUGACGAUCACCCCGGCGCCUGGCAGGCCGGGCACGUUGCACCGAGUGGCCAGUAUACGCAGCACCAGCAGCUACAUCAACUCUCUCAAACAUCGGAUCAGCAACGGCUCCCUGUUUAGGUAUCGCGAGGAGACUCGGGCGGCCAGGAUCAGCGCGCUGGUAAUCGUCAUGGGCCUGAUCUGCUGGUCGCCGUACGUGCUGCUGAGCAUAAUCAAGAACCUGCCGCAGUACUCGGAUUAUCUGUUCCCGCAUGAGUACGACGUGCUCGCGCUCAGCUUCCUGAUCCUGGCCGCCUACGCGAGCCCGUUGCUCUUCGGCUAUCGGUCUCGACGGGUGAAACGGGAGCUGCGCAAGGUCUUCUGCUUCCAUCGCGAGCUCUCGUACAAGAACAAUCGCAGCCUGAUGGCGAAGAAGGUGCUGAAGCGUCGACACAGCAGCACUCUGAGCCAGCUGGAGAUGGAUCACCGUUACAACAUCUUCAACUGCGUCUACGGCAGGAACAGGUGGCCCAAGGAGAAGGUGCAGUUCGUCCAGGUGCCGGACACCGCCCUCGCCGUGGAGACCUGCAGGAGCAGCUUCUCCAGCGGCGCCAGUACACAGAUCUCCAGCACGUCCACGGAGGAGUGUUGAAUCGCGAUGGAUCUCGCGAAAUUACGCCGAGUUGUACGGAUCGAAAUCGCGAGAGAACUGACUCCUUCGCUGAUCGUUGCGAUCAUACGGGAGGAAGAAUACGCGCGGUGCAGAGGGAGGCUGCGCGAUUUAUACCUGCGUUUACGUGCGUGGUUUAAGCUCGUCGAGAGACUUGGAGCGAUCGAGACAAUCAAUAACGAGAAAUAAGUAGUGUGGAAAGGACGGUUUGCGUAUGUUGCGGCAUACUUUUGCAACUCGUCACAGUCUUUAAGUGUUCCAGAGAUAUCUUUUAUUUUUCGGACAAUGCGGUGUGAAUGAGACCGAGCGACGCGAACGUUUGUGUUCCGAGCGGCCGACGGCACGCCUCCUCUCUUACGUGCGAAUCCAAUUGUCGCGUCAGACGCGUCUUUCUUCCGAGGACGCAUGCUUGCGCUUGUGCGUAACGAGGUCUGAUUUGGCGGAGUAAAAGUGCGCCGACGCAAUCGGACGUCGAAAUCGCGUUGAUGUCGAAAACGGUGCGUGGGUUUGGAAACUUUCCGCAAAGUCCCGAAUAACAUUGCCGUCAAUCAAAAUAAACGCACAAAGUCGCUGCGUGUCGACGAACCGGCGCGCAAAGCCGCUGCAUGACGUUCGUCAAACGGGAGGAUCCGUUUUAGUAUUAAGAGCAUUAUCGCGCUAAGUCGUCAGGUGUUAACCGGCUCGCAAAGUAUUAGAGUUUGCCGAACCCGAAAGGAGGCUUUAGUCUUUACGCUUAUUUACGCACUGCAUCCACACGUACUUCCCUCCCUCUCUUCCCUCCCUCCGUUUCCUAUCUGCGUUCGUCGACGUAAUUGCGGCAGCGUCGUCCGGCGCACGCAGGUAGAUCAACCUGGUUGCAGCGACGUGCACUCUUAAGCUAUUUACAUUACGCUAUAUUUAUUCGCAGAACGUCGUACAUGUGUCGUCCGUACGGCUCUGUAUGUAGAUAUGUACACAGCAUUUCUCAUGACAAAACCCCCUCGUCGAGGCGACGCCGUGCCCCGUCGGGGAGGACACCCCGCGACUCCUCCUCCGCGAUUAUCACUUUUGUAUAUUGACAAGUAUAGAGACUCGUUUAUUUAUAUUAAAUAAUUUGUAUAUAGAGACAGAGAGAGAGAUGGACGAUGAAUCUCAAGCGCUGCUAAUCCGCAUCCUGUACGUAGAAUUACUCGCAUCCUGUGUGUAGCGUUUCAUCAGCGCGGUCCAUACAGCAAAUGUAUGAUAUGUCAUUACCGUUUUGUAUUAUCCGCCAUGGUGAACUCGACAGGCUGUCUGUGACAUGUGAUAACACCAAAACUAAUGUUAGCCACGUAAUAUUAGCCUAAUAUUAAUUUAUGUGAUUUUCUCAAUAAAACACUUUUGCGAGAUGCAA